AGGGAGACGUGGAUAGCACAAGAAAGUGUGGCAUGGCUUGGCUUACCCUCUACCUUCUAAACGUUCUCUGGGCUGUGGCAGGAACCAGCACCCGAGCCCAAAGCUCUUGCUCUGUCCCCCCAGAACAGCAGCCCUGGGUCGAUGGCCUCCAGAAGCUCAUGGAACGCUCGGUGAUGAGGUCAGAUUUCCCAAACCCCAGCAUCCUGAUUGCCAUGAAUCUGGCCGGCACCUACAGUCCGGAGGCCCAGAAGAGCCUGACUAACGAGCUCAUGAGCACUGACAGUGCAGACCUGACAAACGGGCAGCUCGCCCUCACCAUUAUGGCUCUCAGCUCCUCAUGCCGGGACCCUGGAAGCAGAGUGCCCACCCUGCUAAAGAGAAUGGAGAACUGGACACCCUCAAGCCAGGGUGAUGGUGCCUCGGGCUUCUAUGGGCCCAGUCUGGCGAUCCUAGCGCUGUGCCAGAAGAACUCAGAGGCAACCUUGCCCAUAGCAGUGCGCUUCGCUAAGAACCUGAUGAGGGAGUCCUCCAUCGGUGUGGAUACUGGAGCGGUAGCAACCCUGGCCCUGACCUGCAUGUACAACAGGAUUCCUGUAGGCUCUGAGGAAGAUUACAGAGAGCUGUUCGGUGAGACACUGAAGGCUCUCGUGGAUGAUAUCAGCUUGAGGGUCAAAGCAGAUGGCAUCAUCGGAGACACCUACAGCACUGGCCUUGCUAUGCAGGCUCUCUCGGUGACACCUGAGCAGCCCGUCAAGCAGUGGGACUGUGAGAAGACAAUGAAUGGGGUGCUCAAUGAGAUUAAGCAGGGCAAAUUCGAAAACCCCAUGUCCAUUGCUCAAAUUCUCCCCUCUUUGAAAGGCAAGACUUACCUAGACGUGCCCCAAGUAAUUUGCGGUGCUGAUCAUGAAGUGUCACCAACUCUAACCGACCAUCCUACCCCUGUCCCCACAUCAGAAUCUAACAUUAACGUCAUAUACACCAUAAACAAUCAGCUGAGGGGGGUUGACCUGCUCUUCAAUGUGACCAUCGAGGUCAGGGUGAAAAGUGGAUCUGUGCUACUUGCUGUCCUAGAAGAAGCGCAGCGCAAAAACUCCAUGUUCAAAUUUGAAACCAAAAUGACAUCUUGGGGCCCUAUGGUCUAUUCUAUCAACAAUAUCGCUGAAAAUGCUAAUCAGAAGACAUACUGGGAGCUCCUUAGUGGCAAAACACCUUUGGAGGAAGGAGUUGCUUACUACAUUCCCUUCAACAACGAGCACAUCACAGCCAACUUCACCCAGUACUGAGGAGGAGUCUCUUCUGCUGAACGGGACCAAAGGAUGAGGAGUUCUUAAAU